UUCUUGCAGAUGAUACAAAAUUACCACCAAUUGUCAUUUUUAAAGGUAAGCAAAUACCAAAGAAUUUACCUUCUGGAAUUAUUGUAUUGAUGCAUCCAAAAGGAUGGAUGGAUAAAUCUGGAAUGAAAACCUGGUUUGAUAAAGUUUAG